AGCAAGAAUAGCCAUGUUUAGCGGCACAGAUAUCAGACCAAAAAGAAUUUGUUAAAUUCUAAUUCACACGUAGAUCAGCAAUGGAACCCCGCUCUACUGCCCAGGAUGUUCACAGGUGUGACCUUUGUGAGACCGCCAUAGUACACAGCUACUGUGACUUUUGUCAUGUCAACCUCUGCAAGCCCUGUGUAGUAGAUCACAUUUCAGAUGGAUAUGACAAACAUAAAAUUGUAUCUUUCAACGAACGAAGAACAACCCUCAUUUAUCCGAAAUGUGGAACACAUUCAAACAAACAUUGUGAAUUACAUUGUAAAGAUUGCGGGUCUUUUGUUUGUUCUUCUUGCAUGGCAUCUGAACAACACAUUGGACAUAGGUUUGUAGAAGUUAAACAUGAAUUUGAGACAAAGAAAGAAAUCAUCAAAAAGGAUAAAAUAGAACUAGGAAACUCUAUUUCUCCUAAAUAUGAAGAAAUUGCAUUCGAAUUGGAAAACCAGCUUGCCAACCUGGAUGGAGGAUAUAGGAAAAUUACAACAGAAAUAUCAAAACAAGGAGAUGAGUGGCACAGAGAAAUCAACAUCGUUAUAAACAAGAUGAAAACUGAAAUCAAUGAAAUAAGAUUGAAACACGAGAGCAUUUUGAAGGAACACUUGAAUGAAAUCAAACAUAUGCAAUCUCUUAUAAGGGAAACUUUAAUAGUUUUAGGGGAACUCGAGAAGUCUACUGAAAUAUCCACAGCCAUAGAAUACAUAUCUAAGAUACAAACAUUCAGCAAGCUUCCACCCAGGGUUAAUGUAUUGCUGCCAACAUUCAUUCCUAAACCAAUUGACCAUGAGCAUUUAUAUAAUUUCUUUGGACAGAUCAUACCAUUAUGUAAUGCCAUACAAGAAAAUGUAUUGUCAAUAACCCAAGCAACGAUUUCACUCAAAGAGCUGCUGGCUAAACCUGAACUUAUUGCCACAAUACAGACUGGGUUUAAAGCUCUAUACAAUGUAAUCUGUUUAAAUGAUGAGAUCUUCUGGACCUGUGGUGGAUUUGAUGGUAUCAAAUGCUUUAAUAUAAAAGGUGAUCUCCUCCGUACGAUCAAAUUUCUGAGGCACCCAAAUGAUAUAGCUGUUGACGGUGAUGGGGAUAUACUGUUCUCUGACGUAAGAGUAAAGACAGUGUAUAAAGUAAAGAAUGAACGGGCAGAAGAGUUGAUCAGAUUAAAGGGAUGGGCGCCUCGUAAUCUGUGUGUCACCUCUACUGGUGAUCUCCUAGUUACCAUGUACAGUGAUGAUGCAACUCAAUCCAAAGUUGUCCGUUACUCAGGAUUUACCGAAAAACAAACAAUUCAAUUUGACGAUGAAGGUAAACCUUUGUACUCCGGGAAUGCCCACCUUAAGUACAUUACCGAGAACAGAAAUCAUGACAUCUGUGUUGCUGAUUAUAAGGCAGGUGCAGUAGUGGUGGUUAAUGAGGCCGGGAAACUCAGAUGGAGAUACACCGGUCAUCCCUCAGUUACCAAGAACCAAAUACUUUUACCCCAGGGUAUCACAACAGACAGUCAGAGUAGUAUCCUGACAGCAGACUGUAACAACCAUUGUAUCCACAUUCUUGAUCACGAAGGACGAUUUCUCUGUUACAUUGGUAGCUGUGAUCCUAUAGGUCUAUGUGUGGACAUUAAUGAUAACCUUUUUGUUUGCGAUUACGCGAGCAGGAAUGUCAUAAAAAUCAAAUAUUCCAAAGACAUUUAACACUUGUGUUAAAAAAGUCUAAAUGUGACAUUCUCCCUUGAUUAUUGAUAUGAUCUUCAAACAUGUACGUGUAGUUCAGUUGCAGUUCAAAAUAUUAUUUAUUUUGGGUUUUAUGGAUAUUGAUCAUGUGACCGACCGUAUUUAAAGCAGCCAUGAGAGUAAAAUUAUUCCCAAGGUGAAAUAAAUUGUACAAAUACAUAUCCACUGAUAUUCAUAAUAAACACAAAAAAAGAUGUUUAUGGGGUAUUUUACAUUAUUGAAAAUGAAAUAUUGGAUCACCAACAAUCCUGGUUGAACAGUCUUUGUGGACAAUACAACAGUACACGAAUUUUCGUAAUCAAAAAAUCA